AUGGCUGACAACCCUUCCUGUCUGGCUUGUCCCUUCUCGGCCUCUACUCUGGUCCACAAUUGGUACGAAGAACGCCUUGCUAACCAGCAGGCCCCUCAGCCGGGUAUAGGGGAUAAGCAUCUGCGAGAGCUGGAAAGUGAGAUCUCGGAUGUCGCUCGUGACGGGCUGCAUGUCGUGACGAGGAUAGGCCGUGUGAAGCAACGAGACACUUCGGGUGCGCUACUGUUGGACCCAAGAUGGCGUUUGUUCACCUCUGAACACGCGGGGAGCUUUCGCCCGCCACCGGGUGGAGGGACCAAAGCUGUGGAGGCACGGCUGGUCAACGACGAGACCAUUCCUGAGCUGCUAUAUGAGAAAAGACGGCCAGUCGCCGAGGAAGGCGUAGUUCCGCAUUUUAAGCCUUAUGAUCGGCACGGAUAUCGCUCCUGGGAUACAACCUCGGGAGUUGCCUACACUCCGCCAGAAGGGGUCGUUGUAGAGGAGGAGGCCCCUAGGGGAGGCUUCACUACUCCGGCUGGGUUAUCAGUUGAAGAUGAGGCCAAGGCGCCGCAUGGUUUAAAGGUGGGCUGUUUGACAGGGGAGAGAUAUGUUCCCAUCGACGUCACUGAUGGGGAUGUCAGCACUGCCUGCUUAUCUACAGCGGUUCAGAGGACGUGGUUGCCGGUACCAGAUCCAGGCCUAGCCUUCGUUGAUGAAUUCGGAGGCAAACGAGCAGCCCUUCCCGAGAUGGACAAUGAGCUCUCCCUUCCUCUUGGUGCGGGAUGUCAGCAGAAGCUCGCUGAGGAUCUGGCAGCACGGGGCACCAAGUUUUACAAGACGACUACGCUCAUUACGAGGGGGAGGGACCAACGACCUGGGCCGAGUAAGGUCUUCUGUGGAGAACAGUAG